AGUUUAGCUGAUGUGUACUUUUUUUAAUUGUAGAAAAUAACUCUACAAUUCAAGUAUGCCAGAAGCAGACUCUCCCUUCACGACAUUUGAAACCUAGUUGAAAAUUUCCUGAAUAUAUCAACUUCCUCUUUCCUGGGAACUGGUUUAAUCUGAGCUUUAAAGUAUUUAUGAUGUCACUACUCAGUUCAGCCAUUGGGAAGGAGAUGAUUUAAUUCUGAGUGCUUAUGUUCAUUAACUACUUCCAGACGCUGGCCAGGCCCUUUGGGCAUCCUGUUUUGGUAUUCUUAAUCACUGUCAUUGUUGCUCUGGUGUGAUUUUGAUUUCCACUGUGACUGACUGAUCUAUUUCAGGUCAGUUUUCCUUUUCAGUGCUUCCGAUACUUUGAGUUAGCAUGAAGCAUUGGUCCGGAGUUUGUGCCAGAGACCUUUUUUAGAUUGUUCUUUCAUUAAAGCUUUUUCAUGACUUGUUUCUUUUUAACUUAUUACUGAGGAAAAAAAAGUCUGGAAGAAAAUGCAAAUGUAUGAAAAUGAUGAUGCCAUAAUGUAUGUUUCUGCUCUAAAAUGGGAACAGUUUACAGAUACUGUUGCAGUAACUUUACUCGAAAGUUUCAUGUUCAUCUGUGGAUUAUGGAGGAGAAGGUGGGGUGCUGAUCUGUGAGCUAUUGUACUGCAGGGCGUGAUAGUCAUGCACUAAACUGAAAUUCAGGAAGGUUUAUGUUCUCCAUGCUGCUCCAUCAUGUCAGUGUUGGAUGGGGUUGGUGAAAGGAUAAGUGCCCAACACAGCCUGAAGUAGCAGAAACUGUGGAAUCGGAGUAGCUUCCCAAAAUCAUAACGUAACACUAUGAUUUAAAAAGCAGUGCAGCCACUCAAGGGACCAGCUACUCCCCUUACUUGCCAUUCUUCAUGUCUGAGAAGGAUUGUAGUCUUGGGAAGUGCCCAGUUGAUAGUGUUACAGACAUCACAUGGACUUGGAAGAUCAAAGUCUGCCAGAUCUUCCAUUUUUUUGUAAUUGCAAGUUAUUGACAAAUAUACUCAAACAGAUUACUAGCAUCUGGCUUGUAGGCAGCCCUAAAAACUGACUUCACAAGCUUUCUCAUGUGAUAUUAAUCUUUAAUGGACUAUUCAUACAAGAAGGCAGUGGUUUCAUGAAAUAGGUGUCUGCUCUCAAAAUCAGCAUCACAGUCCUGGAGUAGUUGUUAGCUUUGUUCUUGUGAUGGGUAGGGUUGUGAGGAGAGAAGUGAGGCCUAGAAGCUGCUAUCCUUCUCUGCAGUCUAUUUCACUGGGAAAACCCUUUACCUUGCUCAUGUGGUUUUCUCUGGGAAAAUAACUAUUUAACCAUGUUCUUGUUUGUAAGAUGUACUGGCAAUGUCUGCCUUGUGUGGUUACUAGUGAAAAUUAAGUUUCCCCAUUUUUAUCACUGCUUACUCUGCUUGAUAGCAGAGCUGUCUGUAUUUCACAAUGUAUACUUGUUUUUUUGUUGUUCUCACUGCUGUGUGUCUUCUUACUUGGACACAGUAUUCCCUUUGCAUUUUGGCCUGCAUUUCCACAUCUGUGUUUCCUGAUUUAUUUUCGGAGACUAGCUUACAUGGUUGUCUUUGUAUACCACGAAGAGAUGGGUUUUGCUGGCUGAAUAACCUGAAUUUCUCAGGGUAUGUUUCUGGCCAAUUUUCCUGUUGAGGUGCCUCUCUUCAUUGGCACUAGAAGGUGCUUAUGCAAUUGCUCUUUCAGCCAAGCAUGUAGGUGUAACCUGUUACAUUGGCAAGAACUGAGACGUCUCAGCUUCGGUGUCCCAAUCAAAUUUUCUUUGGUAAUUUAAUUCCAAGAACUUUUAUUUUUGCCUCUAGUUCCAGGAGUGUGAGCUUCCUUAAGCCAUGUUACUCAAUUGUGUAUUAAUGCUGUGUGCUACUGAAUGCUGUGUCAGCUGAGAUUAUCACUUUGUGAUAUCAUCUGUAAACCAAAACCUAUAAAGCAAUUUGAAAAUGUUUUACGAUGAAGGUGUAAUAAAUGUAGUUUUUCUUUUGCUGUGCAGGUAGAAAUUUGGAAUAGGCUUUUCUUAUGUUUUCUUACUUACAGAAGUGUAGGCAGUGCUAAUCUUUCUAUUUAUGCUUUUUAAAUUACAUCUUGCUUUGCUACUACUAGCAAAGUAGUUGGUGUUUAUGCUCAAAAGUACUAAAUUCUAUGAUGUCUUACAAAAGAAUUCAUUUGAGGAUACAAACUUGCAGUGCUACAUUCUAAAAACAGAUUUGGAAAGCAUAAGAAAUUGUACAGUUCAUCUCCAAAAGGAAACAUAGCAUUUCUUUGUGUUUCUUUUUUUAAAUGCUAUUUUUGCUUUUGUUGAUGAAAAAUAGGUUGUGUAUGUGAGACGUUUACUUUGAAGCACUUUCUUAGGUGAAAUGUUGUUUAGUAUUUGAAAUUGAUGGUCUGUAGAAUCCUUAGUGCUUUGAUGUGUCUGAGUUUGGGCAAAAAUUCUUGGAGCUGGAAAGCUUUAGGAUUCUAAAACAGGUUUUUUAACCUUUGUCCUCUUUGGAUUUGUGUUUUAAAUGUGUAUCUGGAUGCAUGCACACACAGAUGUGCACACAGACACUCCAAACUUCCAUAUACAUUUUUACAGCUGGUUUUGCUUGUUUUUGUAGAUAACAUGUUAUGCCUUAAAAGUUCAGAAAUUAAAGCAUUACUAGUUGCAGGAAUUGCUAGUUGCUUUCUAGGUGAUGUGGUGUUUUAGUACAGUUUAGGUUUUUACUUUUGAGAACAGGUUUAUAUGAGCAGCAAAAUUUAUUCCAGACCAUCUCUUAAGUUUUAUUUAUUCUUUACCACUGAUGUUUCUCUUGUGAAAUGUUACCAAAUGGUACAGAAAUAAUGUACUGCAGGUCUGGUUUUCCAGUUAUUUUCAAACCUUUCCUUUUAUCUUACUCUCAAUUUUUGAAAGAGAACUUAUUUUUUUUUUAGCUUUCUUUUGUGCUGUACAAUGCUACAUUUGGGCAACAGUAUGCUUCAUAGAGAUUUCCAGAACAUUUGUAAUCAUCUCUUCUCCCCUCACCCCUUCCUUUCCUCUCAGUUGUCAUAGUUCCCUGCUUUUCUUAUCUCUCCUUUUACUGCUGCAGCUUUCAGAUGAUAAUGCACAGCUCGAGCAGCAGCUGCUGCGUAAUAGCUGCAGCACCACUUAGAGCUGACCUAAUGUGAGAAUAAAUGAACAAAUCUGUGAUUUGCUUGUAGGCUUACCUACAGCAUCUUUUUUUUUCAGCCUGGGUAUAUUAGAUGUCAUCACUGGAAGGUGAACUGUGGAUGGCCUCUGUGGCAUCCCCUUUCCAGCUGCUCCAAGGAUUGUCGCACAGCAAAGAAAGUUGUUGGGAUUCCUAGUGCUUUUUGCAAUCACCUGUUUCUGAACACGAGUUGCUUUUUUUUCCCUACCACCUCUUUAUUCUUGCUCCCGUGGCCAAGAGCAGGGCAGUGUGUGCAGCAGGAGCAGGUGGAGCGCCACGUUGCCGUGUCACGCUGUGCUUUGCCAAGCCACCCUGCUCAUUUCCUUUCAUUUCCGCCGGCUGAGCGAGCCAAUGUUCUCCUAAGCUUUUGCACGAGGGGCCUGAGGCUGCAAAACCGAGCUGGGAAGUGUCCUGCUGGUUUAGUACACACAGCCCAGGCUUCCAGCUUAUUUUGGGCUGGCUGCUGAGGUUAGCAGCAGCUGCCCUAUCUGUGCUGCACAGAUGCCUGGGCUGCUCCCCAGCUGCUGCAGCUGGUGGUGCAGUACUGUAAAGAAAGCUGUCACCUAUUUGUGUCAGAUGAUUCAAGUGUUAGUACUCACUGGGAAUACUGUACCUGUGUAUAUUCAAGGCAGUAAUUUAGCAAGGAAAAAAUAUUCUAUUUUACUUUUAACCAGUAUAUGAACUUCUCUUGCUAUCACUGUUAGAUACAGCCUUACUGAUACUCUCCUGGUUUAAGGAUAGAAACAAGUUAAGGUUUGUAGAAGACAUAUUAAAAGACAGUGUGUGUCAGAAGAAAGCUUGGCUGAACUACCCCCCAGUUUUUUUAUUUCCUGUCUUCAGUUGUAGACUUUGCUUUAUCAGGGGAAGUACCUUUAUUUUAAAAAUACUUCCUCCAUAACUAGAUUCUGACUUUAAGGUCUAGAAAGGGGAGAUAAAAUAGUAUGAAGGUUACAUGAGGCCUUAAAACUGACUGGUUUGAAGAAAAGGAUCUUGCUGCAGGCUUACUGCAUGCUGUAGUCUGCUGUCACCAGAUGUAUUUUCAGCUUUAUUUUCUCAUUUCCUUUUCUUUCAUCAAGCUCUCUGGUAGUGUUUUUUUCCUUUCAGUAGGUACUGGUUGUUGCAGGGACACGAGGAUAAGCAUGUUCUAUUAGUUUUAUUUCCUUAUUGCUAUUAGAUGAGAAACACUGAACAGUAGUCUCCAUCCACUGGGGGUUAGUGGUUUAGAAGACUUAAUAAUACAUUCAGGUAAUUUUGAAUGUUAAGGAGUUUAAGCAGAUCCAUGCAGAGUUUAAUCUUGUUUAGAAUCAGAGGGUAAAUGUGGUAGUCAAACAGCCAGUAUGGAUUAAAUUAAUCUCUAAGGCAUUUUGUUUGAUGUUGAAAUAUCAGUGAUGGAAAAGUGAAAAUGGCUGUCAUGAAGUGAGUUUAAAAACUGGCUUAUUAAUAAACUUCAUUAUAAUUCCAAAUGGAGAAUGACCAUCCAGUUUAUAUCUUGCUGUAGGGGUUUUGCUGCCAUUGCUACUUAACCACAUUAUGUAACAUUUUGUUAAUGACCUGGAAGAGGUCAUAGAAUUGUUAUCAAUAAAGUAUGUAGCCAGUUGAAAUCUGAGGGCAGAAAAUGCAUAUACAGUUGUGGGAAGCCAGCCUUGUGUGCUUGGGAUUAGUGUGGUGUGUGGAAAGGGAAGCCAGGAUCUGUGGGUGGGGGUGGGCAAUUGGCAGGCCUUGGCAGUCAGUGACCAAAAGUGCCAGAGUGCUCUGGAGUGUUGUUGAUAGUGCUGUUUGUAGGUCACUGCCAGCCUGGUCUGGUCUGCCUUUAGAACAUGGUAUCCUUUGGGGUGGUGUUGUGGUGCAGCCCCAGGCAGCCACAGUCUCACUCUGCCCUGGUGGGAUGGGGGGGAGAUUCAGAAGGGUACAGGUGAGAGAAAACUCCUCAGGUGAGAUAAAGACACUGUACCCACUGUAAUGGGUACAGCUGAAGCUGUGCACGCCAGCACAGCAGAACAAGGAGUGAAUCCAUUACUUCCCACGAGCAGGCAGAUGGAUGUUCAGCUAUCUCCAGGAAAGCCAGGCUGCAUCACUCCUAGUGGUGACUUGGGGAUACAAACACCAUUGCUCUGAGCAUCACCCCAUUCUCCUCCUCUCAUCUUAAUGCUUAUGUAAGGCAUAUGUGCACGUGGGCAAUUCUGUGGUAUUUAAUAACAAUGGCAUAGUUAAACAGUUUCUUCAAAAGAUUUGGCUUAGCUGGGUCCUCAUCUGAUCUGUUUUAUGAUGGUUUUAUUCUUGUAUUCCUACUAAUGUUUAAUCUGACUCUUGGUGAAAAGUAAGGAUUGAAUGGACAAGAGGGUGAAUUUUGUCACAGGAAGUUGCCUGGAAGUUGAGGAUAUAUUGGAAAUAUUUUUUUCCAUAAAGCUUUAAUAUCUGUAUAAUACCUCUUGCUUACUAUUUGAAAGACAAAUCUUAAUAUUUGCAAAGUAAUACCUUUCUAAGUGUUUGUAUUUUUAGGCUUACAGGGCUGUAGGGAUGUGCAGCUUUGAAUUCAUGUUGUGCUUCUGCUGUGAUUAGAAAAGUGGGUUAUUCCAGUAUUAUAGAAGUAAUUUAGUAUGCCGACCUUAUUAUUUGUGUUAUAAAAAUAGUUUGGCUUGAUAUUUGGAUCUCAAAAUCCAGCUUUGAUUUUGGCAAUUGAAGAAUUGGGAGUGCUGUAUGGUGGAGGGGGUUUGCUUGCCAUCCAGUGUCACUGAAUGAGAAUUUACUGUUUUUAACAUCAAGAUAAAUUUUGAGGGUCAGUUCUACAGCUGAUUUGUCCAUAAUUACCAGAAUAAAGAUUACAGGCCACAUGCAAGUCAGACUUCCCUUGAAAACCUGGAGUAGAUUGUUUUCUCUGGCUACUUGAUUUUCUUACUCUGUCAAAAUUUUCAGAUAUAUUAUGAAAUGAGCAAACCUCUACUAAGAUGGAAGAAGGGUGUAAAUGGUCAGCAGGGUUUUUUUUGUUUGUUUUUGUUUUGUUAUGGUGGGGUAUUUUUUUGUGUGGGUUGUGUAUUUCUUUGUGGUUUUUUUUUGACAUAAGGGUUUUAUAAUCAAGUAUUAUCCUCAAAAGUUUAGAACACUUAUGUUAUUUCCCUCACCUUUCACCUCUCUAGGUUAGUUAUUUCUUUGCUAUGUUAGGAGAAGACCCCUCUGGAGGGUGUCAUGUCCCCCUCCCCCUUUCUUGUUGGCUGCUGCUGAACACACUGGCCAUGAGCUGCUGAGGGUGGCUUCCUGUCAGAGUUGCUUCAUGUAAAAUCACAAGGAAGCAAGUGUUUCUUGUAUCCUCCCAUUGUGCUGUUUCCUGUGGAGCAGACUGGAUGCAUGUCCUGGAUACAGGUUUUUUAUGGCACUCUACGUGUUGGGAUGAUCCAAUCAAAUUGUUCUUGGUAUCCCUAUAGUCUGAGCGUAGCAGGAAACGAGGCUUCCUCUCAACCUUUUGUUCUCAAGUUAGCCUGACUGUGGAGAGCUCUUGGCUCUAUCAGAAUCCAGAAUGAAGACUUUUGAUGCAAAUGACCUGUAUCAGGGACAGAAUUUCAGCAAAGUUCUUAGCUCUCUUGUGGCUUUAAAUAAGGUGACUGCAGACAUAGGGCUGGGCAGUGACUCUGUAUGUGCACGUCCCUCAUCUCAUCGGAUAAAAUCCUUUGAUUCUUUGGGAUCCCAGUCUUCACACAGUAGAACUUCAAAACUCUUUCAGGGACAGUAUCGGAGUUUGGACAUGACAGAUAACGGCAACCAUCAGUUGGUGGUGAGAGCCAAAUUUAAUUUUCAACAGACAAAUGAAGAUGAACUUUCUUUUUCAAAAGGCGAUAUUAUUCAUGUUACAAGAGUGGAAGAAGGAGGCUGGUGGGAAGGAACUUUGAAUGGAAAAACAGGGUGGUUUCCAAGUAACUACGUACGAGAAAUUAAAUCAAAUGAAAAACCAGUCUCCCCCAAAUCAGGUACAUUGAAGAGUCCACCUAAAGGCUUUGAUACAUCUGCAAUUAACAAAAGUUAUUACAAUGUGGUGCUACAAAAUAUAUUAGAAACAGAAAAUGAAUAUGCUAAGGAGCUACAAACAAUGCUUUCAAACUACCUGCGACCAUUACAAGCCAGUGAAAAGUUAACCUCGACAAAUACUUCAUACUUAAUGGGAAACCUGGAAGAAAUAAGUUCUUUCCAGCAAAUGCUUGUACAGUCUUUAGAAGAAUGCACCAAGUUGCCUGAAGCUCAGCAGAGGGUUGGAGGAUGUUUUCUAAAUUUGAUGCCACAAAUGAAAAGCUUAUACCUUACAUACUGUGCCAACCACCCAUCAGCAGUAAAUGUCCUCACAGAACACAGUGAGGAACUAGGAGAAUUCAUGGAGAUGAAAGGUGCAAACAGCCCUGGGAUCCUUGUGCUGACCACGGGCCUCAGCAAACCUUUUAUGCGUCUGGAUAAAUACCCCACGUUACUCAAAGAACUUGAAAGGCACAUGGAGGAUUAUCAUCCGGAUCGUCCAGAUAUUCAAAAAUCCAUGACUGCCUUCAAAAAUCUUUCUGCACAGUGUCAAGAAGUACGGAAACGGAAAGAACUUGAACUGCAAAUACUGACAGAAGCUAUUCGCUGCUGGGAGGGAGAGGACAUCAAAACACUUGGCAAUGUCAUUUACAUGUCCCAAGUCAUGAUUCAGUGUGCUGGAAGUGAGGAGAAGAAUGAAAGGUAUCUUCUUCUCUUCCCUAACAUUUUGCUGAUGUUGUCUGCCAGCCCAAGAAUGAGUGGCUUUAUCUAUCAGGGAAAACUGCCUAUGACAGGAAUGACUAUUACAAAGCUAGAAGACAGUGAAAACCAUAAAAAUGCAUUUGAAAUAUCAGGAAAUAUGAUUGAAAGGAUAUUAGUAUCUUGUAACAACCAACAAGAUUUGCAUGAAUGGGUGGAUCACCUGCAGAAGCAAACCAAAGUCACAAGUGUUGGGAAUCCCACCAUUAAACCUCACUCUGUGCCAUCUCACACGCUUCCUUCCCACCCAGUGACUCCCUCCAGCAAGCAUUCAGACAGCAAGCCAAUACCACUGACUCCUGCCUACCACACUCUCCCUCAUCCCUCUCAUCAUGGGACUCCACACACCACGAUAAACUGGGGACCGCUGGAGCCUCCCAAGACGCCCAAGCCUUGGAGCCUGAGCUGCCUGCGGCCCGCGCCUCCCCUGCGGCCCUCAGCAGCUCUGUGCUAUAAAGAGGAUCUCAGUAAAAGCCCUAAAACCAUGAAAAAGCUGCUUCCCAAACGCAAGCCAGAGCGGAAGCCAUCGGAUGAAGAGUUUGCACUGAGAAAAAGUACAGCUGCUUUAGAAGAAGAUGCUCAAAUUCUUAAAGUCAUUGAAGCAUAUUGCACAAGUGCCAAAACGCGUCAGACAUUAAAUUCAACAUGGCAAGGCACUGACCUGAUGCAUAAUCACGUCUUGGCUGAUGAUGACCAAUCAAGUCUAGACUCCUUGGGUCGUCGCAGUAGCCUUUCUCGUUUGGAGCCUUCAGACCUCUCAGAAGACUCUGACUAUGACAGUAUAUGGACAGCCCAUAGUUACAGAAUGGGGUCUACAUCUCGUUCCCGUAAAGAAUCAGCUCCUCAAGUCCUGCUUCCAGAAGAAGAAAAAAUUAUUGUAGAAGAAACUAAAAGUAAUGGUCAGACUGUUAUAGAAGAGAAAAGCCUUGUUGACACAGUAUAUGCAUUAAAGGAUGAAGUACAGGAGUUAAGACAGGAUAACAAAAAGAUGAAGAAAUCAUUAGAAGAGGAACAAAGAGCUCGCAAGGACUUGGAGAAGCUUGUUAGAAAAGUUUUAAAGAAUAUGAAUGAUCCAUCUUGGGAUGAAACCAACUUAUAACCACUUUUUCUUUUCCCCUUCUUUCUAUUGAAAGACCAGUUGUAGAACUGAGCUGGGAAGCCUUCUGACAUUAGUCAGUGUUGCAUCAAGAGCACUAUAAAACAGGAUUUAACUGGAUCUAGUGAUUUCUUGCUCUGAACAUACAGAAAGAGUCAAGCCAUUUACUGCAGCAAUCUGUACUUUAAGCAUGGAGACUGUGGAUCCUGAACUCUACUAAACUUAAUUUGUUUGCAUCCAAAUUACCUCAUUUUGCAGAAAGUGCAGCACCUGACUAAAAGUCCAUGUUUUUCAGUGGCUUUUUAAUUAAAUAUAUAUUUUUCUUGUAAAUAGCUGUAAUUUAGAAUGCAUAUGUGAUUGAUGUAUCAGGGCUGAUAUGUUGGGGUUUUUUUCUUGUGUUAUUAUAAUGGUCACAAGUGUUAGAAAUGAUGGCAGUACUGUCUUACCUAAGAAAGGUCAGAGUUCCUUGUGGAUAAUUAUGAAUUAGUUCCAAAUUACCCACUCACCACACAUGCAAAUUUAAACCCCUGUUUUUCCUAUUUACCACUAUAUUUAAAUUCUUUACUGUUACCUGUUACUUUAAACAGUUUACAGUUCCUUAAGAACAGUAUUAAAAUACAGGAAAUUGUUUAUUGACAGUAGAAACAAUUUUUAACAAAUCUAAUGCCCACAAUUUACAUUCACAUACACUUGUUUGCAGACUAAUCUGUUGUGCUUUGGCCACCAAAAGACUGAUGUACUUGCCUGCUUUUUAUGACUGUGAUUUUUAGGUGUUUAUGUACUACAUUUUCUAUUGUUGUGCUUAAACAUACAGCUGACUGAUAACAGAUCAUACAGUUUGUUUAAAGGAAAAAAUCAAUCUAAUCCAGAAUUUUGUGAAUAAAUUGUUGCUAUUUAUAUUUUAUGGUCACAGCAGUUAAAUGUUAGCUAACCUUUGUGCAUAAGACACAUGGGCUAGGCCAAACUUCAUUCAGAGCUUUGUUUCUAUACCACUAUAUAAGACUCUCUGUUUGGAGUUCCCAUACUGUGGAAGCAGUCAUUCCUUUCCCACCCUUUUUUCUUUGCAUGUUGCUGAUUUCUGUCCUACUGGGAUUUAAAUGGAAAGAAAUGUGGAAUUAAGAUUUUUUUUAAUCGUACUGUAACUCAUAAUUUGCACUGCUGACAGAUUUUAAAAUACAUAAAGGAACAUUAAUUCCCUAGCCUGAUAGGUGCAAUCACUGCAGUUUCUUGUAUUUAAGAUAGGAGAUGAUACAUCACUGCAAACGGUGAGCUUCAGAUGAAGCACUUAAAAUACUAAUCCCAUUAAAGCUCAUUGUUUUCAUGGAUUUCAUCAAACUUUGGAUUUGACUCCAGACAGUGCAGCUUUCUGAGGGGUUUGCGUUCAGUUGAGUCAGAAGUGCAGGUAUAGCACAGACUUGAGUCACACCGUUUGUCAUUCUGAUUUUCUACUGCUCUUUUAACUCCUGCUAAAUGUAACGCUCAGCGUUGAGCAAAUGUUUGUACGAACUUUAGUGAGUUGGAGCCAGGAUGAUUUGGGUUGUAAGAAUUGUCAUGCACAUUUUGAAUCUAAUGAAAAAUCUACUUUUAAAGCUACCCACUUUUUUCAGUCAAGAACAGCUUUUUUUAAAUAGGAAGUUCUGUCAAUGAUUACAUACUUGAGAAACAAUUCUAUGGGAAUGGAUGCUUCAUAACCUGAGUAGACAAGUUGUCUCUUUUAGAAAGCUGAAUAUAUUUGUGUCUUGUGUUCCUGCAAUUUAAAAAUGUUUUCCUUUAAUUCUAAAGGAGGAGAAAAUGAAAAACAUCUACAUUACCAGUUCUAUAUAUUCACAGAAUUUUAAAUUUGUUCAUUAUUGUUACCAAAAUCUUCCCUUGAUGUUUGCGGUUGCACAAAAUUGUGGACUGACGUUUUAUUUAUCUUCGCAUUUGGAAAACAUCCUUGCUAAAAACUAAGUGAUACUAACCCCUGCAAAUGCAUGCUAUCAUGGCCAAAUUUAGACUUGGGGAAGCCAAUAUAAUUAGAAUUUUGCUAACAUUUUCACUUUUUGACAUCCAGGGUAUUUUCAGAGUGAUUUUUAAUUUUCAAUUCAGCAUAUGUGAAAGGACAUUCCAGAGGAAGAAGUAUAAAAGGAAAACAUUAAGCUUAGCAGUAUUUAGCAAAUUUUAACUCAGGAACAACUUCCAUCAUAACAAUUUGUUUUGCAUUAUAUUGUAAAGAGUGCUGUUGCUAUGUAAAUCUGCUGACUCUUAGUACCUGUGAUAUUAAUAAUUUCUGACAGUACCCCUACAUUGACAUCUAAUGAACAUGCCUUAAACACUGGGAUGAAGCAGUUGUUAAGUAUGACCAGGACUUAGGGACUGAUUUUAUUCAAGGUGUAUUGGGAGGACUAAUUUUUACCAACACACACACACACAAAAAAAGGAGGCAGAAAAGAGAACUGACCUAAUGUUGUAGGUAUGUACCUAAUGUUUGUCUCCAGUGCAGAGAGCAGCUUCUGACUUUUGGGAACCAAGAAGCACCUGAACUUGUUUUCAUUUGCAAUUUGUUACAGUGUAUAUAGAUUGUAAAUGUCACCAUGGACCUUCUGAAUUGUUGGAAACUUUACAUAAGCAUGGAUAAAUGGGGCACUGUUUAUUUAACCUAUUAAAGGGUUGUUUGUUUGCUCUCAUCAUUUAGGGAUGAGGAGAUGAAGCCAUUUCUUAUCCUAUAGAUGUGAAGCACUUUCAGUACUGAAUUGUCCAAAAUGUAGCAUAACAUUUCUCUGUACUUACUGAUGUAUGUGUGUUUGUCUCACCAUGUCAUGACAUCCUAAAGAUUGAAUAACUGACUGCUUUUGUAUAAACCUUUUUAAUGCAAAUCAUUUAGGGAAUUUAGAGUAUCUGUUUACAGUGUCUGUGAAGAACUCUAGUUUAGAUGUCACAAUAAUAUCCUGGUAUCCACUACUAAAGCUUUUAUGCUACAUUGUAAUUAAACCAUGAAUUUUUUCCCCUA